UUCUCCGCCCGAGUUGACAGUAGUUCUUGUUCGGCUUUAGCUGAAACUUCAUGUGCCAAGCCCAUGACCGCUCUUAAAAGACCAUGAGGCGUUUUGGUCGGCGGACGGCACGAAAAGAAGAUAUGUGCGCCUGCUUGAAAGUUAACCCGAGUUUAAGAGAAACGGUAAUCAAAAGUCGUCGGUUUCUUUCCCAUUGAGUGUCGAACCUAGCUAACGUUACUAGGACCGAAACGAGAAACAACUUCUGCCCGAGUGGCCGCUGCUGUAGCGGGGGAGACAACGACCGCUUUCUGCGCUCUCAAAUAAGCGUUAAAAAACAGCAGUUUAUCACAUUGUAGAGACUUUAUAGGAGCGUUACUAGUUGUUUAAUUUCGCCACAAUGCUCAGGCUUUGCCUACAGGGAGCUUUCCGACCGCUUGUACAGAAGUUACCAGCGGCGGGGAUAGUGCCGAGGCUGCCGGGGAUAGGGCGACACACACCGAGCUGCUGGAUGGGGACACACGGGAGGAACGAGCCGAGGGAGACGUUCAACUCACCCAAGAGAGCCAAAGACUUUAUUUACCGCCUCCAGCCGACGGAGAGGACCUGUUUACUGAAGGAGCUGCAGAGUUUCGAGUCCGUAGCCGUCGCUCAAGAGACCCUGGAGCCCUCUCCGCCGACUGCAGCCCAGAUUAGAUAUGUUUUGUUCCAUAACGGCAUCCCCUUUGUUGGAUUUGGUUUCCUUGAUAAUGCCAUCAUGAUCGCAGCAGGAACACAGAUUGAACUCUCCAUCGGCGUCACUCUGGGGAUCUCCACCAUGGCUGCUGCGGCGCUGGGAAACCUGGUUUCAGAUUUGGCAGGUCUCGGUCUUGCAGGUUAUGUGGAGGCUCUGGCUUCCAAACUGGGCAUGCAGGGUCCAGAUCUGACGCCCGAACAGGUGCACAUGUGGCAGACCAAGUUCAGCUCUCACAUGGGCAAAGCCAUCGGAGUGACCAUUGGCUGCAUUUUGGGGAUGUUCCCGCUGUUUUUCCUGGAUGACGAGAAGGAAAAGGACAAAGAGAAAGAAAAAGAAGCACAGCCCUGCGGUGACGCCUCGUCUUCCUAACAAGCCACUACAGUCACACACAACCCCCCGUCACACCUACAGACUGGAUACUGCUGAUGUCAACUUUUGAAGUAUUUUACAGUCGGAUGUUUCUCUGUUCAGGCGGCGUUCACACUUCUUCGGUCUCCGAAACCCUCUAAAGCUGUUUGUGUCAGCUGACCGUAUUUAGCUCCAUCGCAGCUUCAGCUCUCUGUGGCUUCCUCCGACGCACCAAGCUGCGGUGUUUCCACACGGUCUGCUCCAUCAAGACAUGCCGUCUGUUCAUUCAGUACGUCAAGUUGAUGGGGAUUCACUCGUUUAAGUUUGUCACGAGGGAUGGUUGCUGGAGGGAUCUUAUCACUUCUGGUUCUUCUCAUCAAUCCCGUUCUUUCUGGAGUCUGUCCGACCGACCCAGUCCGGCCAUUCCUGUAAUUUUUCCGAAAACCGACGGUCCGACAUUCACGCCCAUUUCGCGCUGCUGUUGGUCCGCUGCGUGGAGGUGAGAAAAGAGUCUCUCCUUUUUCAUUUCCCACGCAACUAUUUCUGUCACAUUAAUGGGAACAAACUGAGGGCGACACUAAGAAUGUCUUCCAGGAGAGACUAUUCUCUCCAUAUUUGAUCAACGUGAGCAUAAUAUGAGCACUUUAAGUUGUUAGAUUUUACUCAUGGAAUGGAAUGCUUACGAAUUACAGAGCUCAAUGUUGCGUAGCUUUUUGAACAAAUGGUUGGUGAGAACAGGCUGCCACAACCGAGCAUAUCCCUAGCCUUAGACUGAUAUAAGUAUCAUUUCUGGGUCUACGUGUUUGACAAGCAAAAGAAUUUCCCCAGAAUGUCAGCACGUCCUUUAAUUACCGCAAACAAAUCCGAUAUGCUGGAUGGUCGUACUGCUCUCCAGUACGGGCCACGCGUGGCUAAUCCACAUUAAUUACAGUUUCUUUGUCACUAUAAAACGUAAUAGUUCACAGCCAGCUGCAGACUCUGUUUUUAGUGCCACAGCAGUCUUGUGUUGGCCUACAUUAAGUGUGUUGCUGUGUACAGAUUUUUAACUGGGGGGGACAAGCGAGGUAAAGUUAUUUUAUUAGUGCUCAGUAUUGGCAGAUUGAUUGAGUGUAGGCAUCUGGAUCGGUAUCUGGGGGAGGGAAGUUGGAUUGUUACAACCCUAACCAAUUAGUGGAACCUCACUGGUGCUUUUACCGCUCUUGCCUAAAGUCAGUGUUUCGCAUCUUAUUGUCAAAAAUGUGAACACGUGUUUAAACGUCUUUUCCUUUCUGCUGGGUCCUGGGCGUUGAUGAGAGGAAUCAAUGGUGCUGAAGCUAUAAUAUUAUUAUUAUUAUUAUUAUUAUUAUUAUUAUUAUUAUUAUUAUUAUUAUUAUGUCGGUGGAAACCAAUCUUGAAUUUCCAUCUCUGUUUUUGACACAGAGCGAACGGCUGCUGUGAACGCUGCCUGAGUAGCUCCCAGGAUGCGAAGUGCUCACCUGUGUCAACACCUUCAGACCAACUGCUGUCAAAUUUGGAUUCAAGUACCAGCUGCAGCUGCUGAUUCCAACAGGGUUUUAGACAGCCCUCUGCUUUCCCACAGAGAAGGUGUGAAUCCAAAAAAUAAAAAAAACACCCAGGUGCCACCUGAGGGUAGAACAGAAGGGUCCAGGUGUGACCGGUGGUCGUUUCCCAUCCUGACGGUAGAAACUCAAAAGUAUAUACUGGAACACUAUUUAACAUUUUAAACAUUGUCCUUUUUAUUAUUAUUAUUAUUUUUUUUUUUUUUUUUUUUUUUUACUAAGAUCUGAUUUAUAUUUGGUUAUUUUUCUUCACCAGACACUUUAUACAUCUGAAGACUUCAUCUCCAUUUUGGGUCAAAAAGUAAAAGGGACUCAUUACUUGAGCUGAAACUGAGCAGACUUUUCAGUGACACAUUACGGUCCCUGAGUAUCGGCAGUUUGGUUCUCGUGCAUCUUUUAAACUUUUACCAAAAAAACCCCCAAAAAAAACAAUAUUUAAAAGAAGAGUAAGAGUGUCCGCUGCUACCUCGAUGGGAAUAUUUUUAGAUGUUUUGCAUGAAGAACUGAUGUAGCUCUAUAGUCAGACUUUUUCUUUCCCCGUCAGAUGGUUUUUAAUAUGCUGGAAAGUCUUCAUAUGUUUUGCGCGGGUUGAAAGAGGCGCUCGGUGGUGAUGCACUCUACUUGGAAACUGAAUGGCCUUUACUGUACGCCGAUGUUUGCUUUCAAAGGUCUUUUCUGCAUGUUUCUGUCCACUGCAUCUUUUCUCCCCUCUCUUUCUCACUGACUCUUGACUUGGAUCCGCCGGCCGUGUAUUUAGUAUUUUUUUUUUGGUUUUGCUUCCUCAGACUUGAAGCUCCAGAUAGUUGGGAGUUUCCAAAAAAAAAGGCCCUGCAGUCCUAAACAUGUUUAUGCCAUCACAAGUCAGUACAGUAGUUUUCAGUGAUUUCUGUGACUCAACAUUUGUCUCUUUUUUUUUUUUUCCUUCGUUAAUUCUAUCUCUCUCUCUUUUGUGCCUCUCUCUCACACACUCCGGCUCUCAGCACACAUAAUAACAAAGGUGCUUUUUGUAAUUGCGAUAAAUCAAAGUGAUCCAUUUUUCUCCUGUUCACUGCUACCGGCCCCAUCAGAUAGCACUCUCUAUUCACUACUUAUUUGAGUGUCCACAUUUUGAAGCUGCAACAAAAAAAAAAAAAAA